GUACGUAAACACGUAACCGCGCCCUGGUCUGAACAAGAAACCAUCCCAACAAUUUUCGGCGCGCGCGAGAGAAAAUAAAGAGAUCUGGUAAGAAAAGUCAACCACUACACCCCCAACGUCCAAACAUAUUCUUAAAUAACGUUUUUCAUGCCCUCCAGUCAGCCGUACCACCUACCCAUUCUAUCUUGGCCAGUCUUCUGGUUUGGUCUGCUUUCGUUUUCCUCCCCUGCCCCCUUUCGUGCUUCAUCAUCCAGCUUCCGAGGGCCCCUUGAUACCAUUGAAUUGUGUCAUUACGUACGAGGUGGGAGAAAAUCUCAAAGAAGCUUUGAGGACACGGAGAGACAAAGGGGGAGGGGGAACUCAUCGUCGGGCUUUUGGUUCCCGGCCGAAAAGACUCACCCGGAGUACCGUGGAGUACUGGAAAUCUAUUUUACUCUUCACGAGAUUGCUCUAUGCCAUUGGACUGGGCCCUUUGUCCUGGCGUGGUCGUCACACACAUCUCUAAUCAGUGAUACGUAGGACCAAUACUGUACCGUGAUGACCGGUGAUGCGAAAUGCUCAC